GAGAUUGGAAUCCGCCUGCUGGCUCUCGGCGAAGAAGGAGGGAGGAGGGAAGAGGGAGGAGGGCGGGCAGGAAGGCAGGCUCGGGCUCCGGUGCGUCGGUCCGCGCGAGACGAGGAUCGCACGGCCGCGCGAGGGGCGACCGGGCCGGGGCCGCUGCAAGCCCAGGGCGGAGGCCGAGCGGGGCCCCAGUCGCGUCUCGGCGGCUCGCCGCGCCCACUCCGCUUGGCGCCGAGGGCUGGAGGAUGAGUUCCCCGGGGUCCGGAUUUAUGAAAAUAUGCAUCAGUUUAAUACUGUCUUGGAAUUCAUGAGAUGGAAGCAUAGGUCAAAGCUGUGUGGAGAAAAUUGGAAGUCCAGUUUUUAUCUAGCCACAUCUCUGAGGAGUCAGGAGAAAGCAGUGGAAGUUGGAGUCAUUGUCAAGUGAUUGAGACCUUUUACAAGAAAAGCUCAUUGAAUAAAAGUCAUUUAAAUUAGUGACAUAACAAGACCAGGUGCCAGUGUACACGAAACAUUAAAAUUGAACAAUGACUCAGCUAUAUAUUUACAUCAUACUAUUGGGAGCCUAUCUGUUCAUCAUUUCUCAUGUUCAAGGGCAGAAUCUAGACAGUAUGCUCCAUGGUACUGGGAUGAAAUCAGACUCCGACCAGCAGAAGUCAGAAAAUGGAGUAACCUUAGCACCAGAGGACACCUUGCCUUUUCUAAAGUGCUACUGCUCAGGACACUGCCCGGAGGAUGCUAUUAAUAACACGUGCAUAACUAAUGGGCAUUGCUUUGCCAUCAUAGAAGAAGAUGACCAGGGAGAAACCACAUUAACUUCAGGGUGUAUGAAAUAUGAAGGAUCUGAUUUUCAGUGCAAGGAUUCACCAAAAGCCCAGCUACGCCGGACAAUAGAAUGUUGUCGGACCAAUUUGUGCAACCAGUAUUUACAACCUACACUGCCCCCUGUUGUUAUAGGUCCAUUUUUCGAUGGCAGCAUUCGAUGGCUGGUUGUGCUCAUUUCUAUGGCUAUCUGCAUAAUUGCUAUGAUCAUCUUCUCCAGCUGCUUUUGUUACAAACACUACUGCAAGAGCAUCUCAAGCAGACGUCGUUACAAUCGUGAUUUGGAACAGGAUGAAGCAUUUAUUCCCGUUGGAGAAUCCUUAAAAGACCUUAUUGACCAGUCACAAAGUUCCGGUAGUGGAUCUGGGCUACCUUUGUUGGUUCAGCGAACUAUUGCCAAACAGAUUCAGAUGGUUCGGCAAGUUGGUAAAGGCCGAUACGGAGAAGUGUGGAUGGGUAAAUGGCGUGGUGAAAAAGUGGCAGUCAAAGUUUUUUUUACCACUGAAGAAGCUAGCUGGUUUCGAGAAACAGAAAUCUAUCAAACUGUGCUAAUGCGCCAUGAAAAUAUACUUGGUUUCAUAGCAGCAGACAUUAAGGGUACAGGUUCCUGGACUCAGCUCUAUCUAAUUACUGAUUACCAUGAAAAUGGAUCUCUCUAUGAUUUCCUGAAAUGUGCUACACUAGACACCAGAGCCCUCCUCAAGUUGGCCUAUUCAGCUGCCUGUGGUCUGUGCCAUCUCCACACGGAAAUUUAUGGCACCCAAGGAAAGCCUGCAAUUGCUCACCGAGAUCUAAAGAGCAAAAACAUCCUCAUCAAGAAAAAUGGAAGUUGUUGUAUUGCUGACCUGGGUCUUGCUGUUAAAUUCAACAGUGAUACAAAUGAAGUUGAUGUACCCUUAAAUACCAGGGUUGGUACCAAACGCUAUAUGGCUCCAGAAGUGCUAGAUGAAAGCCUGAAUAAAAACCAUUUCCAGCCCUACAUAAUGGCAGACAUCUAUAGCUUUGGCCUAAUCAUUUGGGAAAUGGCUCGUCGUUGUAUCACAGGAGGGAUAGUAGAAGAGUACCAGUUGCCGUAUUACAACAUGGUGCCCAAUGAUCCAUCCUAUGAAGAUAUGCGUGAGGUUGUGUGUGUCAAACGUUUGCGGCCAAUUGUGUCUAAUCGAUGGAACAGUGAUGAAUGUCUACGAGCAGUUUUGAAGCUAAUGUCAGAAUGCUGGGCCCACAAUCCAGCCUCCAGACUUACAGCGCUGAGAAUCAAGAAGACACUUGCCAAGAUGGUUGAAUCCCAAGAUGUAAAGAUUUGACAGUUAAGCAAUCAUGAGGAGAAACUCUAGACUGCAAGAACUGUUUUCACCCAAGGAAUGGGUGGAAUUAGAGUAGAAUAAGGAUAACUUGGUUCUCAGACUCUUUCCUCACUACACCUUCACAGGCUGCUAAUAUUAAACCUUUCAGUACUCUGUAGAACAUAAGCUGGGAACUUCUAAACACUUCAUUCUUUGUAUAUGGACAGCUUUAUUUUAAAUGUGGUUUUUGAUGCCUUUUUUUUUAUUGGGUUUUAUGAACUGCAUCAAGACUUUAAUCCUGAUAAAUAAGCCUCCAGUCAAACUCUGGGUACUGAAUUACCUGUUCAUAAAAUGGUGCUUUCUGUGAAAGCCUUAAGAAGAUAAACGAAUUCAGCAGAGAUGGAGAAAUAUACACUUGCCUUCUACCUGAAAAUUUUUAAUCUGUUUGUAUUCUACCUUUGUAAACAGCCUAUGGAUUAUGAUCUGUUUGGGAUAAUGCUUAGUUGAUGAGAGUUUAUCAUUCUUUGGUCAUGGUGUGUGCGCACAGGCAAACCAGGAUUCCUCUGCUGCCGUUUGAAUUAGAAGAAAAUCAUUUAUGAAUGCACAGAAGGAUAUUAGUGGCUGUUGGUUCUGUGCUUUAAAAAUGCAUGGUCUGACCAAGAUUUGCCAAUCACAAAAAAGCCAUUUACCUUGCAGGUGAGCUAGCUUCUCCACCAACUUUAUUUUUAACAUAAAAGUUGAUAUAAAAGCCAAAAGAAGUUGAAAGUGCCCGUAAAUUUGAACUAUUUUCCUCCCACCACCAUUUUUUUUUUGUAAUUAUUAUUAUUUUGUCACGAAAAGAAUUCUGUCCAAAGUUGGAACUUCCAAUGCCAUGAACCUUGUAAAGAAACCACUUCUUAUUGAAGUGAAUUACUAAUUACUGCAUUCGAUAGCAAUGUUAAGUGCCUAUAAUCAUGUUCUGUAUUCUUUAUUCUCAGUAACUUUUAAAAGGGAAGUUAUUUAUAUUUUGUGUGUAAUACGCUUUAUUUGCAAAACACUUGCUCCUCUGACAACAAUAUUUUAUAUAUGUACAUACAUUAAUACUGUAGAAACCAGUUCACAUGUACCUCACAUCCCAUCCUUAAGGAGAAAAAAAGAUGGACAGAAGAAAAUGUUAUAAAGUAAAACUACGUAUGAAUUUUCAGAACUAAUGCUUUCAAAGUAGGAUAUCAAAACCUAGGACUUGUUAACUUCAGGCAUAGACUUUCAUUAAGAUAUUAUCAUCUCAAUUUUCCCUUAGGAACAGAUCCCUCUAAUUAGAAAUUUCUAUUUCAAAGCUGAGAUAAAUUUAUCAACACCUGUUUUAGACAUUUAAAUCAUUUGAGAUUUUUUAUUUUGUGAUUUCUGUUCCAUAACUUGUGAAGACAAUGAAGAGUCAGGCACAAAAUUUCAGUAUCUGUAAGUACCUAUGUCUGUACCAUAUAGCUGUUAUUCAGGAAAAUGCUACGUAUUUUAU